CAAGUACCGCUAACACAGAGCAGAGGUUGUUUUGGAAGAAGCUGCUCGCUAACCCAAGCCUAGAAUUAAAAUUGAGAUAUAAUUGUCACCGGUUAACACGUAGCUCUCGGGCUCAGAGUACAACAUUUAACAUUACAUCGCAGACCUAGAUAGGUAGCUAACUAGUUAUUGAUAAAUAUUACAGCUCACUACUAAAACUAGCCAUCACUACUGUGAAGUAAAACUAGCGAGCUUCGCCGUCGCCUUCGCUAGCUCCAUAGCGGCUGUGUUGUUUCAUCACAGCAACAAAAACCUUUGAAGAAAGACCAGUGUCAUAAGACAACAAACGGUGAAUUUGUUUUAACCAAGCACUAUGACAUCUAGGAAGAAAGUCCUUCUUAAAGUCAUCAUCCUUGGAGACUCUGGAGUUGGUAAGACCUCAUUGAUGAACCAGUAUGUAAAUAAGAAGUUCAGUAACCAGUACAAAGCCACAAUAGGAGCUGAUUUCCUCACGAAAGAAGUGAUGGUGGAUGACAGACUUGUCACAAUGCAGAUCUGGGAUACAGCAGGGCAGGAGAGGUUCCAGUCACUGGGUGUGGCGUUCUACCGUGGGGCUGACUGCUGUGUGCUGGUGUUUGAUGUGACGGCUCCCAAUACCUUCAAGACCUUAGACAGCUGGAGAGAUGAGUUCCUGAUCCAGGCCAGUCCCAGAGACCCAGAGAACUUCCCCUUUGUGGUACUAGGCAACAAAAUCGACCUGGAGAAUAGACAGGUAACAACCAAACGAGCACAGGCCUGGUGUCAGAGCAAGAACAACAUCCCUUACUUUGAGACCAGUGCCAAAGAGGCCAUCAAUGUGGAACAAGCUUUUCAGACUAUUGCGCGCAACGCUCUGAAACAGGAAACUGAAGUGGAAUUGUAUAAUGAGUUUCCUGAACCAAUUAAGCUGGACAGGAACGAGCGAGCCAAGCCAUCUGCAGAGACCUGCAGCUGCUGAGGGCCCUGAGGUACACACUGGCCCCACUACCCUGUCUUGCCUUGUCUAUACCCUCUCCCCACACGCCACUGUGUGCUCCCCUCUGCCCCAAUAUUAUCACUGGCCUUUGUAGAUAGGAGCAGGGUUUCUCUCGUAGAGUAUACUACACACACACACAAAUAAAAACACACACUGUACUCACAUCCAUAUGUACACAACACUCACUCGCUUUGAGUCUCUAAGGCCAAAAAAACACCCAUAGGAAAAUGACCAUUUAUUUUCAAUGUAUUGUAAUACCCCCUCAGAUAAGUUUUCACCAGGCUCAGACACCUUUCUAUCCUUGUUUCCAUGGCACCAUCAAGCCUCACGUGCACUGACUGAAAUAAAUUCCCAUGACAGUUUAAGGGCAGGUUUAGACAUGGCUGUUCUUUCCCAGUGUUUAAGUGUGAAGAAAGUAAUUUAUAUCAAUGUGUGAACGUAUGUGUGUGAAUCCUGUUGAUGUGCAACCCACAGAUACAAGUGAUAAUUGGCUUGGAAGUGAAAUGGCAACUCUGACAAACUGUUUUGUUUGAAGCAUUACCUUAGCACUUUUUCAUUUAAACACAAUCAAAGACUUCAGAUGAAAUCCAAGUCAAAAUUAACUAUUUCAGCUCAAAGCUGUAGCAGUGUGGAACACUGCUCCUUUACCUCAAUGAUACCCUAACAAACUAGUCAUUUGCUGUUUCUGAAUGGUCAAAAUGAUGCUUUGCCUCAGAUUGGAAGGUAAGUCAUUUUUGGUCAACAUUCAGAGGUUUAACGUGAGGGGUACAAAGGAAGACCCUCCAUGAUGUAUAACAUGGUACAAUUGGAGAAGUGACAAAGUGUUUCUGUGACAUGAAUGUGACCACUAGUCAUAUUAAGUACCUCUGUAUGGUCUUCUCUUUCCUCUAUCAACUGUUGUAAGACUUUGUACAUCUGCAAACCUCUUUCAAAUUCAUGGCAAUGGCAAAAAAGCAUGUCUUUGCCAAACUCCAUAUCUCUGCCGAUAGCUCAAGUUGGCAAACAAUUAAAGUGCUUGAUAUUUCUUUUAA